GUUGUGCAAAAAGGAUAUACCUUGCAGGUGUGGGAAGGUUCUAAAACCGAGUGCGUUUUGGUCUGGAGGUUUAUCAGUGGUCUAUGUAUGUUUUGUGCGGUGCGUUGAUUGGCUCUCGUCUAUGCCAUUCGUGUUGCGCUUGGACGGAGGUGAUAGUGCGUGAAAUAGUACGAUGAAACUGGAGCAGCGCUGAAGGGAUAUUGGCAAUCUGCUGCAACUGUCAUUGCACGAGGUGUAUGAUGUGAUGUUUUUUUUGCUCAGUGCGCUCGCUAUUGAUUUUUGCUGAGCUGAACCAAGCUCGAGCUCGUCCUGCUUGGAGUGUGAAUUAAAUAUUUAUGAAUGGAGUAACGUUAUCUAAGGGAUUCGACGACUAGAAAGAGGACGGUGGGUUAUUUUUUGCGCGAUAAAAUCGUGAACUAUACCGUGGAGACGUGGAAGUGAGUGAUCCGUGACGGUGGAUUGUUUGUUACAACAAACAGAAAGGUGCAGAAAGGGUAGAACUGUAAUCAACUCGUGGAUUGAACGUAUCUUGCAUCCUUUCAUCGUAGACCGAUUAUUUAUUAAUAGUACUGUCCUACCCACCAUACACAAAAACUUGAGCACAAAUGUACGUGGGAAAGAUUUUUUUUUAAUUGUGAUGGUGUCCGGUUAUAAGCUUUUGUGAGUAGUGCUCAUGUUUGUCGAUAAAUUUGAUUGAAUGAUUGUAUGUCAUACGAAACCAAUACUCAGUGAGAAAAAUAAUAGUGACAUCGAGUAAGCGGUUGUUCAUUUUCCGGUUCUGAGAAUAUCCCGGCAGUGUCAAUUGCGAAUGUGAUCGACGUGUAGAGCAUCGACUAUUCACUUAUUUAUUGCCCGUGACUCGAAAUUUAUUGGAAUAAUUGCGGCAAGUUGAAGUGAAUUGUUGCUGGAAGUGCGAGAUAUAAAGUACCGAAAAACGUGACACCACACUCUACCAGGCUGCGAAUGUGGCGAAAGCAGGAAUCAGCGCCAGUGCGGUAUUUAUGAGUCAGUGCAAAACAACAAGAGAGCAAGAGGAAAAAUUAACAAAUUGGAGCCAUAAUUGAAAAUUUAUUGUGCAUACCGCGGAAGGCGCCUCGUACUCGGCCGGAAAAUCGCGUUACCUCGUUUCGUACGGGAAAUUCACAUUCUCCGCUUUGCGGUUCCGUACUGUACAGUGGUUGUGUCCUAUUGGUGGCAGACGCAGAGGAAAUUGUUUAUGUGUGUUGUUUCCCUCGCUGGAUUUGGUCGAUAAAUAACGACCAGCUAAGCGUACAAGAAUUGUUUUCACCAAGCAAAGAAGAAGAAAUAAUUGCUUCUCUUCUAUCAAGAAGUUUAGUCUCGUUCCUAAGUCUUUGGCAAGCAAAUGUUCCAUAAAUUGGGUAAAAUGGAGAAUUUAUUAUCGCGGCUGGCGAUUAUCCUAGGAUUAAUAACGAUAUCGGUUAUGAGUGCCCUCGGAGGUCCGGCCAGCGCUGCCACAGCCGCCUCCAGCAGCAACAACAAUGUAAAUCGAGCAGCCGGCACUCGGUAUGACGAUAAAUCGGAUGCUGUUGACCCAUUCGAUGGGGAAACAUUUGUGCCGGUCCUUUCACUGGAGGAUCAGGUUCGACUGCUAACGAAGCAGCUGAACACGCUCACCAAUCAGCGACGUGAGGAUUAUAAAAUGCUCGAAAACAACUUGAAAAAGUACGUUCGGAAAAACUCGGUGCAGCUGACCAACGCGGAGAUCCGGGAGGAACUGGAUCAGAUGAGGGACGAUAUUAAAAUGCUGCGGGAAAGCAAUUCCCCGAACAAGGAACGCCUCACCGUGCAGUGGCUGUCGCAGUCCAUAGCGGAAAUCCGCUCCGAAUUGGCCGAGCUGCAGGAGUCGUCGAGCAACGUGUCCAAGGAUGCCCAGCUGCGCAACCAACUGAUGGAAGAUAUCAAUACGCUGCGGGCGGACUAUUCCAGCAUGAGACUGGAGCUGGAGUCGCUCCGUUCGCGGCAGGAAAAAACCGAGGUGCUGGUACGGGAGCUACGCGAAGAGGCCGUCCAGAGCGCGGAAGAUAUUCGACGCAGCCUGAAUCGACAGCACGAGAAGAACCCAAAUGCACUACUCCCGCAGACCAUCGAUUUUGUCGAGCCGGAAGCGGACCACCGGAUGCGCCAUCAUCGCUUCUUCCGCCAGCAGCUGCACGAACUCGAGGUCAAGCAAACGGCGAUGAAGCGACAGCUGAACGACAUCUUCAACCACCGAAUGGCCGAUCGGUUGCGCAGCCUGGAAAUCGAACAGCGCCGGCUGGCUAAUGCCAAUUUCAACAUUAGCCGCCAGGUCGCCAGCCUGGACAAACUGCACGGUUCGAUGCUGGAGCUGCUGGAGGACGUCGAGGGAAUUCAGAACAAGUUCGAAAAAACGCUACCGGAUAUCAAGCGCGAGAUUUCGAAGGUCGAAUUCAACGCGGCACAGAUUUCGUCCGAGCAGGGGCUGCUCCGGGAGGAAGGCCACAACGUGGCCAAGAGCAUCCAGGCGAUGGCAGUCAGUGUGAGCACCCUCCAGGAGGAACGGGAAAACGUUCGCAAAUUGGAAGAGCAGCUCCAGGUGAUGAAGAGUGAUUUGGAUAGAAUUAAGUCGGCGGCUCUGCUGCACAAGGAGAUGGCCCACCAUCGGUUGGAAAAGCUGGAGUCCGAAUCACGAACCGAGCACAACGUUUCGUCGAAGCUGACCGAGCUGCAGCGUACCUCCCGGCUAGUGCAACAGUUGGAAAAUGUCGAAAACGAGUACGAGACCAUCAUCAACAAGCUGCCCCGUGACUGCACCCAGAUCCACCGGAUGAAAGCCCAGGGGCAAACAACGGGCCAAGGCGGCGAGGGAAAUCUUUAUCUGAUUGCGCCGGCCGGGCAGCAUCACCCACUGAUGACACAGUGCUUCAACGAGUGGACCACAAUUCAGCGCCGGCAGGACGGUUCGGUCGACUUCAAUCGGUCUUGGGAGGAUUAUGCUAACGGUUUCGGUAGCCCGGCAGGGGAGUUUUGGAUCGGCAACCAAGCGUUGCAUCAUCUUACGAACGACAACUGCUCUAGACUGCGGAUUGUGAUGCAGGAUAUCUACGAUAAUACCUGGUUUGCGGAUUACGACGCGUUCAGAAUUGCCUCCCGGGAGGACGGGUUCCGCCUGGAGCUGGCCGGCUACAACGGAAAUGCGUCGGAUGCUUUCGAGUACCAAAAUCACAUGCAGUUCUCGGCCAUCGACGUCGAUCGGGAUAUCUCCAACACGCACUGCGCAGGCAAUUACGAGGGUGGUUGGUGGUUUUCCCACUGUCAACAUGCCAACCUUAAUGGGCGUUACAAUCUGGGUUUGACGUGGUUCGAUGCUUCCCGGAACGAGUGGAUAGCGGUAAAGUCAAGCCACAUGAUGAUUGCCCGGAGGCAACAGUGCAGCACCGGGGGUGGGGUUUACGGUAGCGGGGCCGGAAUCAGUGAGGAGAGUCCGAUAAUGGCCGAACCGUUUUCUUCCGCCGCAACGGCGACGAUAUCCAAGUAUGAAACGACCCUGCUGACCACACUGUCAUCCGGGCACCCGGCCGGGUCAGAGGUCUAGGAGUCUGCUGGAUAAGGCACAAUGUAAAGUAAUCGUAGCACGUGCUGUCUCGUUCCUUUCGGAUUGUACAUUUUUUCUACUAGCGCAGAUGGGAAGAGGGGACAGAUUUUGCGCUACACGAUACGUGUGAGUGUGUAUGAAUGUGUAUGUAUAAAAGAGUAGGGGUAGCAUCCCAUCGGUAGUUUGUGUACCUAAUGGAGAAAAUUUAUUUUGGGGAAACCGAAACCACAAGUCAAUGAUUAAUCAAUACAUUUGGAACCAUAAUGUACUCAAUUGAUUGUAAACAUCUUCCGGUCGAAUUCCCGUUUACUGAUGGGAACAAUGUGUACGUACCUUUUCGUAGCACUCGAAUACUUGCUUGUUGAACAAUAUUGUUGUAUUUUUCUCUUGUGAAGUGCUCUUGAAUUUAUUUUUUGAAUUGAUCACACAACAUUAUUUAAAUGAAUUUUUCACGCAUGUGUCCAAGCAAGACCAUGCUGAGAGUGGCUGGGUUCGAUUCUUGGUGCCGGUCUAGGUUCGGAUUGGAAAUUGUCUCGACUUCCCUGGGCAUGAAAGUAUCAUCGUGUUAGCACCAUGAUAUACGAAUGCAAAAAUGGUAACUUGGCUUAAAAACCUCGCAGUUAAUAUAUGUGGAAGUGCUUAAUGAACAAUAAGCUGCGAGGCAGCUCUAUCCCAGUGUUGGGAUGUAAUGCCAAUAAGAAGAAGAAGAAGAUUUAUAUUUCCAUAAUUUUUUUGCUGUUCAUAUUUGCUUGAAGCGAUUCCAGAAUUACAAAUGCUCCUCACAAGUCAAAUGGAUUAUUUUGGUACACAAAUUUAGCGAAUUAAUCGACGCAUGUUGCUAACUACUAUGGUAGUUGAUUUUUGUGUUCACUUUCAAUCAGAAACUUAAUUGUUGAAACAUUUGCAUUAUGAUAGGUAUGAUACCGAAGAAUCUGAGAAAGCAGCCUAUUGAUGUAUCGGAAGUUUGGAAGUAAUGAAAACUUAGUUUGCAGAUAAUGAGCGGUGAAUUUGUUUUAUUUUUUGAUUUUACAAUUUGUAUAAAUGUAGAAAAAAACAAUAACUGUCUGCGAAUUAUCACAUUGCUUAUGAUACACGUUAAAAUUAUAUCAAAAGCUUUAAAAUUUGAAAGUAUGGUGCUGUAAACCUCGAGUCCGGCAGACAUGUGUCCCAUAAAAUCCUCUACUUCAACACUCUUGAAUAGGUCUAACAAGGAGUUAGCCUAAUCCUGAAUCAACAUAACUUUUGAUAAGUACUAAUAUUGUGAAUAGUUUCUUUCAUGCAUUUAUCUAAAAUUGAAUUCUACUAAUAUCAGCUUGCCACUAAUGCAUCUAAAAAAAAUUGCAAUAUAUUAAAUAUAUAUUGAAAAAAAAUGGAAAAGAAAGAAGCAAUCAUUCAUUAUAGGGAAGAGAGCCGUUUUACGUGAAAAAAGCAUCAACAUAAUUGGCAGGAAGGUAAUGAAAAUGUUGAUUAUCGUCAUUUGAGCAAAUCAUCUAACGUUAAGCCAUGCGCCUCCACAUGACCCAUGCACUCCUUACACUCUAGCUUUCAUCUACACAGUAACUGAGUAAAAUUGUAUUGCUGUAUCUUUUCUUCCCACGGAAAUUUUAUUCAAUUUUCAUCAACAGCAGUACUCAUAGUUUUGCUUUUGACGGAAAUUUAGUAAAAUUUCCGUGGGAAGAAAAGAGAGGGCAAUACAAUUUGACUCAAGCACUGAGUAGGAGAAAGUUACCGUGUACUAGAAGAUUUGUUCCCUUAUAGCCACUACAAACAGACGUCCUGUUUUCACGACAUUUGUUGCAGUAAAAUAUCCGUACAGCAAAAUGCCGCACUUGUAACAGAUUGAAAUUCCAUUUUAAAAAAUUUCAAAUCGCAAAAAAAUAAAACUCAAAGGGCAGAUUUUUUCGUAGAAAACUGUAGGACAACUUGAAUAUUGUCCACGACUUUCUCAUAAAGAAAGUGAAUAUAUCCUUGAAAACGCGUUCAGUGAUAUUUAAUAAACAAGUAAAGCAAUUCAAAGCCAUUGCAAAAGUGAACGAUUGAUAAAAUAAAUUAAAAAACUUCCUUAUUAAAAUUAGUUAAUUCUAGACAGUCGAUUUUAUUUAUGUAUUCAGUAUUUUUUUUCUGUAUUUUUCUACUGUAUUUUGUUUUAUUUGUUAUAAGGCUGUCAUAUGGGGGCAAGGUCCGUUUGACUGGCAGUCAUUCGGCCUAGAGCCAAUUGGCCGAAGGCUACUAGACCAGAAAUUGUUUGGCCAAGCAUGCUAUGCAAUUUGGCCGAAAUGGACAUACGAUGUCAUACGACCGAAAAUGUCAUUUGGCCGAAAAAGCCAAAUUCAUUUGGUCAUUUGGUUAAAAAUAUUGCUUGGCCAAUUGGAUCAAACGGCUUAAAAUUUUGCAAUUCUCUCGGGAAUUUCUUCAAAUGUUCUUCAGUAAAAAAAAUUGGAACUUCUCAAUUUAUUAAUCGAAUUCUUCGUUACUCCCUCGAGCAAUUUUUCGAAAUUGCCUCGGCAAACGUUAUAUAAAAAAUAUCUUAGAGAUUUUCCUCAGCCAAUUCUUCUGACGUUCUUUGACAAAUUUUUAAGAAUUUCUGAGGCAAACUCUUCAACAUCUGCUUAAUUUAUUCGACAAAUUCUUCGCAAUUCCUUCGAGAAAUUCUUCGUAAUGGAGAAUGUGGAUUUUUUCUAGAAAUCUUUCAGAAUUUCCUCGGCAGAAUAUUCGAAAUUAACUCGUCCGAUAUUUCAAAUUUUCCUCGACAUAUUCUUUAGAGUCUCUUCAGCAACGUAUUAAGGAUUUCCUCGACAAAUUCUUUGGAACUUUCUCGACAAAUUCUUCAGAAUAUCUUCGGUAUUCCUUCGAAAUUUCCACAGGAAUUUCUUUGGAGUUCACUUGCCAAAACUUUUUUUUUCGAAAUUUCUACGAUAAUUCUUCAAAAUAAACUCGGAAAUUUCUUCUCUCGGAAUUCUUGCGGAGGAAUAUUCUUCCGAAUUCCGUGAAAUUCUUCCGUAGAACAUCCAAACAAGAUUCUUGGAAA